AUGAAGAUCACAAGCAUUGUCAGUGUCCUAUUCACCUUCGCCGUCGCCAGUUUGGCGGAGACCUCAUCACCCAUUGAAUCCCUAAAAACCAUUCAUGAAGCGGUUUCAGCUUAUCAUGAUAGUCUGACGAAGUGGGAUGGUAGCGCCAAGGGCGGCCUUGAAUUAUGGCAGAAGUCCAAUGGCUUCGUUGCCACGCUUAAGGCAGUUAAUUUCGACGAGCAGGCGUCCAAGAGGGACAUCUUAACGCGUGAAGAACACGAGCAGCUGGAACAAGAAGGCUUUGAGAUUGCUCACGCGCUUACUAUAAAGGUUAAGGCCGCAAUGGAUACUGCCAUUGCCAGGAAGAGCGACAUGGAGGCGGUGCCUAUCUUUGGUAAGCGCAUGCCCUUACAGCGUAUACAAGACAUACAGCGCGAAGCUUCGCGCCUAUCAGACGCGCUUGCUCCAACAGCUAGCCGAUCCCGUCAAGGAGAGGCUCAGGAGAUUAGAAUGCAGAUUGAGGGCGAACUCCAGAGGGGCUAUGAAGCUUUUAAGAACUAA